AGUAAAUCCAUUAGGAGAGUUAUAGAAAGCCUUUCCAACCUUUUUCAAUUAUCCCUAUCAUCAUUUUAAGCCAACAAUUGCGAUCGACAAGGAACGAAAUUAAUCACAACAUCAGAGAAGCAAGUGGCCAUGUCGACCUUACGCUGCAGGUGGGCAUCAUUCCUCACCAUUCUAGUAACAUCAUCAAGCAUAUUAAUUCAAGCAUUUUCACAUGAACAGCGAAUUUGCGUUCACAUAGUUGAUUCUGGGCGUGAUGAGUGCAUUAAUCAGUAUAAUGAAAUUGAUAGCAAUGACAACAUGCACAUUACUAAUCUUGAUGAAACUCAGCCAGCAAGUGAUUCUACUACAGUAAGAACAACGACAUCAUCAACAACAACAAUGAGAACAACGACUUUUGGGACAACAAACGAACCUAUGGAGAAUAAUGAAAUCGAUUCCAACAACAAUCAAAUUGCAAGCUCAGAUGAUAACAAUGCAUGCUAUGAAGAAGGCUUUAUGAGAGAUCAAAGAGAUUGUAAAAUAUUUUAUCGAUGCGUUGAUAAUGGUAAAGGUGGAUGGACGAGACAUCAAUUCAGAUGUGGAGAGGGAACUGUUUGGGAUGAUUCAAUAAAAACUUGUAAUUAUCCUGAAAAUGUUCCAUCUUGUCAAAACAAUGGAGCGGAAGAUUAUGUUUACACAGAAUCUUUCAAUUCAUCAGAAUCUUCAUCUAAUGAAGAAAGUAUGUCAUCAAUGUCUUCAUCAACUUCCAAUAACAAUGGCAAUAUGGUCACACAAUCGUCUUCUUCAUCAUCUUCUAGCAGUUCUAGUAGCAGCAGUUCUUAUAGUAACUCGACGACUUGGACUGGAGAUAACAAUAAUAAUCAACAAUCUUCUGGAUCUGGUUCUUCAAAUAACCAAAAUUCAGGUAGUUCUUCGAACAACCAACAGUCUUCAAAUAGUAAUCAAUCAUCUAACAAUCAGCAAUCGAGUGGUUCUUCCAACAAUCAGAAUAACCAAGGAUCUUCAUCAAAUAACAACCAAUCUUCAGGAAACCAAAAUAAUCAGCAAUCUUCAUCAAAUAACCAACAAUCUGGAGGUUCUUCCAAUAGUCAAAGUAAUCAAGGUUCUUCAAGUAGUAAUCAGUCGUCUGGUGGUUCAUCCAAUAAUCAAAAUUCAGGAAGUUCUUCAAACAGCAAUCAAUCUUCCAAUAAUAACAAUCAAAACUCUGGAAGUUCCUCAAAUAAUCAAAAUUCUGGAAGCUCUUCAAACAAUCAAAAUAAUCAGGGAUCUUCAUCAAACAGCAACCAGUCUUCCAAUAAUCAAAAUAAUCAGCAAUCCUCCAGCAAUCAGCAAUCAUCAUCAAAUAAUCAAAACUCUGGAAGUUCUUCUAACAAUCAGAACAGUGGAAGCUCAUCAAACAAUCAAAAUUCAGGAAGCUCUUCCAAUAAUAACAAUCAACAGUCUUCUUCAAAUAACAAUCAGAACUCUGGAAGUUCCUCAAAUAAUCAAAACUCUGGAAGUUCUUCUAACAACCAAAAUUCUGGAAGUUCUUCUAACAACCAAAAUUCUGGAAGCUCUUCUAACAACCAAAAUAAUCAACAAUCUUCAAACAAUAAUCAACAGUCUUCAUCAAACAAUCAGAACAGUGGAAGCUCAUCAAAUAAUCAAAAUUCAGGAAGCUCUUCCAAUAAUAACAAUCAACAGUCUUCUUCAAAUAACAAUCAGAACUCUGGAAGUUCCUCAAAUAAUCAAAACUCUGGAAGUUCUUCUAACAACCAAAAUUCUGGAAGUUCUUCUAACAAUCAGAACAGUGGAAGCUCAUCAAACAAUCAAAAUUCAGGAAGCUCUUCCAAUAAUAACAAUCAAAACUCUGGAAGUUCCUCAAAUAAUCAAAAUUCUGGAAGCUCUUCAAACAAUCAAAAUAAUCAGGGAUCUUCAUCAAACAGCAACCAGUCUUCCAAUAAUCAAAAUAAUCAGCAAUCCUCCAGCAAUCAGCAAUCAUCAUCAAAUAAUCAAAACUCUGGAAGUUCUUCUAACAAUCAGAACAGUGGAAGCUCAUCAAACAAUCAAAAUUCAGGAAGCUCUUCCAAUAAUAACAAUCAACAGUCUUCUUCAAAUAACAAUCAGAACUCUGGAAGUUCCUCAAAUAAUCAAAACUCUGGAAGUUCUUCUAACAACCAAAAUUCAGGAGGUUCUUCAAACAAUCAAAAUAAUCAACAAUCCUCCAACAAUAAUCAACAGUCUUCAUCAAACAAUCAGAAUAAUCAGGGAUCAUCAUCAAAUAAUCAAAAUUCAGGAGGUUCUUCAAACAAUCAGAAUAAUCAAGGAUCGUCGUCAAAUAACCAAAAUAAUCAGCAAUCUUCAUCAAAUAAUCAAAAUUCUGGAAGCUCAUCAAAUAAUCAAAAUUCAGGAAGUUCUUCAAACAAUCAGAAUAAUCAAGGAUCUUCAUCAAAUAAUCAAAAUUCUGGAAGCUCCUCAGGCUAUCAAAAUAAUCAAGGUUCAUCAUCGAACAAUAAUCAAUCUUCUAAUAACCAACAGUCAUCAGGGUCUGAUAAUCAGAACUCUGGAAGUUCUUCAAACAACCAACCAGCAAGUUCUUCAAACAAUCAGAAUAAUCAAGGAACUUCUUCAAAUAAUAAUAAUCAACCUUCUAGCAGCUCAUCCAAUAAUCAACAAUCUUCAAAUAAUAACCAAUAUCCCAGCAACCAGAGUUCAGGAAGCUCUUCAAAUAAUCAAGGAUCUUCUCCAAAUAAUAAUCAACCUUCUAAUAAUCAGCCUGUCAAUUCUUCAAAUAAUCAACAGGCUCCUGACAAUAAUCAACCUGGAGGUUCAUCAAACAACCAAGAGCCAAAUAAUCAAAACGGUAGUCCUUCUGACAAUAAUCAGAAUAAUCAACCAGGAAGUGCGAGUAAUCAAAAUCCAUCAUCAAGUAACAACCAAUCACCUGAUGGAUCUUCAAAUACCAACAAUCCUGACUCUGGGAAUAAUAAUUCACCUUCUAGUAGUUCAAAUAAUAAUCCAACCUCAGGAAAUCCUAGCAAUCAACAGCCUUCAAAUAAUCAGUCUAAUAAUCAAAAUAAACCGUCGUCAGAAAAUAAUCAACAAAGUUCAAGUAGUGAAACAUCUAAUCAGCCAUCACAAAACCCUUCUGGUUCACCUGACUCUUCAAAUACAAACAAUGGUCCCACGGAUCAGAAACCAAAUGAAAAUAAGGAGACCACAACUGAAGAAAGCUCAUCCGCCUUUGUGUCUUCAACAGAUGAGGACUGUACAGAAGAAGGAUUUUUCGGAAAUUAUGAUGAUUGUCAGAAGUUUUAUCGGUGCGUUUCUCAAGGCGGAAGUUUCCAACGAUUUGAUUUUAGUUGCCCUAACGACACGGUUUGGGAUGAAGAUUAUCAAACCUGCAAUCAUCCUUGGGCUGUCAGCAAUCAGAAUUGUCAGAAAAGCAAGCCAUCAAAUAAUCAAGGUGGAAAUAAUCCUGAUCAACAAUCAAAUAACAAUGGACAAACUGAGAGACCUAAACCACCGGAAUGUACUGAAGAUGGAUUCAUGGGAGAUCCCAACAAUUGCAAAAAGUUUUAUAGAUGUGUCAACAAUGGUAAUGACAAUGGUAGUUUUAGGCGUUUUGACUUCAUAUGCGGAGAAGGAACAAUUUGGGAUGAUGAAAAUGAAACUUGUAACUAUGAAUAUGCAACUGUAAAUACAGCAUGUAUGGGAACAGCUCCAAACAAAACCAAUUCAAAUAAUAAUUCAAAUCAAUCAUCAACAAGUUCUCCUAAUAGUUCAGGAGGUUCAAAUAAUGGUCCCAAUGAAUCAACAACAAAUUCUCCAAAUAGUUCAAAUGGCUCACAAUCUCAAGAGUCUAAUAACUCUCAGACUACAACCACCACCUCUCAAUCUAGUUCCACUAAUUCCCAAUCCAACACUUCCUCUUCUCAAUCUAGCACCACUUCAUCUGGUAACUCUCAAUCGUCAUCGACCAGCUCUCAAUCAAGUUCAAGUAGUACACAAUCAAGUAGUUCAAACACUACUAGCAUUUCAAGCAGUUCUAGUUCUCAAUCAGCUGGAACAACAAGCUCUUCAGAAAAUCAAGCUACUACCGAAUCUAAUAAUUCAGGAACAGAACAGCCAACGACUCAAUCUCCAUGUGAUAAAACUACUACAGAGCAAGUAUUUCCAGCUGGAAGCAAUGGAAUAUGUGAGAGUGAAGGAUUUAUGGGACAUGAAACAAGUUGUAGGAAGUUUUAUCGAUGCGAAGCUAGCGGAAAAAAUGGUUUCACCAGAUAUGAAUUUACUUGUGCCGAAGGAACUCUUUGGGAUGAUGAAGAACUUAUCUGUAACCAUCCUCGCGAUAUUGAUAAUAGCAGGUGUGGGUCAGGAACUUCAAAUAACAAUCAACCCAAUCAAUCAACAACGAGCAACCAGAACAAUCAAUCAACUACAAGUAGUCAAUCAUCUUCAAAUUCCCAAAAUGGUCAAUCGACUGCAAGUUUUCAAAAUAAUCAACCGACUACAGCUUCUCCAGAUACUCAACCAUCUUCAAGUAGCCCGGAUAAUGAACCAAACAUGACUACAUCAUCUCCAUCCGAUAAUAAUAAUCCGCCUGUAGAGANGACUACUUGUUACAUAAAAUAUGAUUUCACUUGUGCCGAGGGAACAUUGUGGGAUGAUGACACACAAUCAUGUAAUCAUCCUCGUGAUAUUAAAAACAAUCGUUGUGGUUCUGGAAACUCAAAUAACAAUCAACCCAAUCAAUCAACAACGAGCAACCAGAACAAUCAAUCAACUACAAGUAGUCAAUCAUCUUCAAAUUCCCAAAAUGGCCAAUCGACUACAAGCUCUCAAAAUAAUCAACCUACUACAGCUUCUCCAGACACUCAACCAUCUUCAAGUAGCCCGGAUAAUGAACCAAACAUGACUACAUCAUCUCCAUCCGAUAAUAAUAAUAAUCCGCCUGUAGAGAAUCAAAACCAAGGUCCAACUACUCAGAAUCCAUCAUCUGAAUCGACUACUUCUACUUCGUCAUCAGGAAGUAGUGGAGAAUGUGAUCAAGAAGGAUUCUACGGAAACCCUGAUGAUUGUAUGAAAUUCUAUCGAUGUGUUGAUGAUGACAAUGGAGGUUACACAAAAUAUGAUUUCACUUGUGCCGAAGGAACAAUGUGGGAUGAUGACACACAAUCAUGUAAUCAUCCCGGAGACAUAAAAAGCUCUAAAUGUCGAGGUCAAAAUUCAUCUGCUCAAGAAAGUGGAUCUACUAAUUAUCAGACACCAUCGACUACAUCAAGAACUACGACUUUAGAACCGGAAGGCACUUCAAAUCCCGAUACUUCUAAACCAAGUGAAACAACGCUUGCAACAUCUAACCAAGGUUCUCAAACUACAACCAAUAUUCCUGAUUCAACAACGAAUGAGCCAAGUGAGACAACGACUUCAAGAUCUGAAACUACAACGCAAGAGUCAGAGACUACUACUACUGACAGGGGUGAAUCAACCACUAAUAAUAAUCAAGGUACUUCGUCACCUUCAAAUGGGAAAUGCGAAAGUGAAGGAUUUUUCGGUAAUCCGGAUGAUUGUUCCAAGUUCUAUAGAUGUGUUGAUGAUGGAAAAGGAGGAUUUAAUAAAUAUGAUUUCGAUUGUGGCGAAGGAACUCAUUGGGAUCAAGAUUUACAAACAUGCAAUCAUCCUAAUGAUGUUAAAAAUCCACAGUGCAAUGGUUUUGGAACACAAGCAACUUCAACUCCGGCUAGUGAAACCACAACUAAUCAAAUGACAACAACAGACUCUUCAUCUCCAGAUGUCUCCACAACUGGCAGCUCCGAAACUACAACACAAGCUUUAGUAACUGGCGGAGGCUCCCAAACUACAACUAAUAUUCCUGAUUCAACAACGAAUGAGCCAAGUGAGACAACGACUUCAAGAUCUGAAACUACAACGCAAGAGUCAGAGACUACUACUGCUGAAAGAGGUGAAUCUACCACUAAUAAUAAUCAAGGUACUUCGCCACCUUCAAAUGGGGAAUGCGAAAGUGAAGGAUUUUUCGGAAAUCCGGAUGAUUGUUCCAAGUUCUAUAGAUGUGUUGAUGAUGGAAAAGGAGGAUUUAAUAAAUAUGAUUUCGAUUGUGGCGAAGGAACUCAUUGGGAUCAAGAUUUACAAACAUGCAAUCAUCCUAAUGAUGUUAAAAAUCCGCAAUGUAAAAACUCUGGAACACAAGCAACUUCAACUCCGGCUGGUGAAACCACAACAAAUCAAGUGACAACAACAGACUCUUCAUCCACGGAUGUUACCACAACAGAUUCAUCAAUAGACGCUUCCACAACAGACUCAUCUACAGACGCUACCACAACAGAUUCAUCAAUAGACGCUUCCACAACAGACUCAUCUACAGACGCUACCACAGCAGAUUCAUCAAUAGACGCUUCCACAACAGACUCAUAUACAGACGCUACCACAACAGAUUCAUCCACAGAUGUUACCACAACAGACUCAGUUACCGAGGCUUCCACAACAGACUCUCCAUCUACAGAUUUAACGACAACAGGAAAUUCAGAAACAACAGCACAAGUGACUGACUCUACAACCCAGGCUGUAACUGAUCAGACAACUACAGAAAGCGGAGCAGAGACAACCACAAUGAAUCAGCCAUCUGGUACUAAUGGACAGUGUGAAAGAGAAGGCUACAUGGCUCAUGAAGAAGAUUGUAGAAAAUUCUAUCGUUGUGUAAGUGAUGGUAACAAUGGUUAUGACAGAGUUGAAUUUACGUGUGCUGAUGGAACUGCUUGGGACAAUAAUCAGCUUGCAUGCGUUCAUGAAAACGAAGUUUCCGAUUGUCCUUCGCGUACGACGACAGAAAUUUCUGGUGAGACUACCACAGAAAGUAUGGAGACAACCACAGGUUCGACUGGAUAUCCCGAAGCAUCGACUCCUACAAACUCUUGGAGUACUGAUAAGGAGACAACAGAUUUGACAACAACCGAGGAAACUGCUGAAUCCACAACAGAAUCUCAAAAAGAAACUACAUCAAUAGAUAUGAAUACAACUGAAGCAGAAACAAUGUCAACUACUGAUGCUCAGACGGAAACGACUACAAAUUCUAUGACAACAGAUAGCCCCACAACAAGAGCUCCGUCUAAUGGCAAUUGUGAGUCAGAAGGAUUCUUUGGUAAUCCAGAUGAUUGCAUGAAAUUCUAUCGAUGUGUUGACGAUGGAAAGGGAGGUUACACUAAAUAUGACUUCGAUUGUGGAGAUGGAACUGCUUGGGAUGAUGACUUACAAACAUGUAAUCAUGAAAAUAUGGUUCAAAAUUGUGAAGGAAAACAAAGCACAACCACAGAAGGAAGCGUCACCACAACAGAAAAUCCUGAUUCAACGACUACUCUAGGUGUAGACAGUACUACAGAGCAGCCAGACACUUCAACACAACCAACCGAGUUAACGACAACUCAACCUGAUGAUACCACAACUCAGGCUGUCGAGACAACAACUGCAAAUAAUGGAGAAGACAAUUCAACGACACAAACUACCGAUGCAAAUGAACAAACAACUACUCAACCUUAUGAAACAACAACUGAUGAGAAAACAACUCCAUAUGGUGAAACUACAACUGAUGGAAAUCAAGAGCAAACGACAACUGUCAGUCCUGAUGGGGAAACUACUACUGAACCUGGAAAUACUCAAUCAACAUCAAAUGGUAACAGCAGUUGUCCACCAUUAGGUGAAGGCCAGGCUCAUUUUGUAUGCCCUACGGGAUUCCGAAGACAUCCCAAAGAUUGUCAAAUGUUCUAUCAAUGUACAGAAAGUCCUGAAACUUCACAUUUAAGUAUUGUAUCAUUUAACUGUCCGAAUGGAACGGUUUACGAUGAAGAUGCAAUUCAAUGUAGAAAUAGACGUGAAGAUGAUAAUUGUCCAUCUAAAGAAGAAGCAACUGCGUUACUACGUGGUACAAUAUUCGACAUAGAAUCAGAAAACUCGCCAACUAUUCAAAUAAAAACGAAACGAGAAUUAUGUCCUUCAAGUGGACAUUUCCCAUUGGAAGAAAACGAUUUGUGUUCGCCAACUUUCUUAAAAUGUGGAAUCGAACGUAGUGGUAAGAUGGAAGGAAAGAUGAAUAGAUGUCCAAAUGGAUAUAUUUAUUGGCAGAAGAGUAGACGUUGUGAGCGAUCUGAAAAGAUCCCUGAUUGCCACAGAAAAUAUUAUCGACAACGUCUUGGAAUUCCAGUCGAAUGGAAUAAUUUAGGACGAAAAAGAAGUUUGAUACUUUAAAAAUGAUGUUAGACUAAGACUGGAUUCUUAAUUUAUUGUCUUCGUAUGAAUGAAUGUGUAUGAUUUUGAACAUUCUAUCUGAAAAAAAAAAUAAUUUAAGUUCAUUUAACUUAGUCAAAAAUUUUGAUCGGGAAACAGAAAUUUGAUGUGAUGUACUUAAAAAAUCUCAAUUCUGUUUCUGAGAAUCGAAAACAAUUUUUAUUU